AGACCCAGAUGACCAUUCAAGAAAAAAAAGCCUGAAUUGGUGUAUUUCAAAUCCCCCCCGCCCCCCAAUCCACCAUUGUUGUGUUCCCCCAAACGAUGUAUCGGUUUCCUUGGGUGUUGCUUCUGGUAGCAGCAGUGAACAUGGCCGUUGCUGCAGAGCCUCUCCGGCCAGGGUUUUACUCUGAAACAUGUCCGCCGGCAGAAUUCAUCGUCAGAGAUGUGAUGAAGAAAGCAAUGAUUAGGGAACCAAGAAGCCUUGCUUCUGUUAUGCGCCUUCAAUUCCAUGAUUGCUUUGUUAAUGGCUGUGAUGGUUCGUUACUCUUAGAUGAUACAGCAGACAUGGUUGGGGAAAAGCAAGCUCUUUCAAAUAUAAAUUCGCUACGAUCUUUUGAAGUUGUGGAUGAAAUCAAGGAAGCCUUGGAAGAUGCUUGCCCGUCAACUGUUUCUUGUGCAGAUAUCUUAGUCUUAGCCGCCAGAGAUGCUGUUGCUCUGAGUGGAGGACCCGAUUGGGAAGUGAGAUUGGGAAGAACAGAUAGCUUAACAGCCAGUCAACAAGACUCCGACAAUAUAAUGCCAAGCCCAAGAGCGGAUGCAACUUCUUUGAUCAAUCUUUUCGCCCAAUUCAAUCUAUCAGUGAAGGACCUUGUAGCCCUUUCUGGGUCACACUCCAUAGGCAAAGCUAGGUGUUUCUCCAUCAUGUUCAGGCUCUACAACCAAUCUGGGUCCGGCAAACCUGACCCUGCCAUCGAACCAGAGUUCAGAGAAAAGCUAAACCAGCUUUGCCCACUUGGUGUAGAUGAAAACGUGACGGGACCCCUGGAUGCAACCCCUAGAGUGUUUGAUAACCAGUUCUUCAAAGACUUGGUGGGUGGAAGAGGGUUUCUGAAUUCGGAUCAAACCCUUUUCACGUCUCGUCGGACUAGGCCAUAUGUAAGGGUUUUUAGCAAAGACCAAGAUGAAUUUUUUAAGGCAUUUGUAGAGGGGAUGUUGAAGAUGGGGGAGUUGCAGGUUGAGCAGCCUGGUGAGAUACGAACCAAUUGCAGGGUGGUCAAUGGUAGACCUGUGGAUGUAUUAAUGUCAUAUUGAAGGAAGAUAGAUAUUUUGUUUUUGUUCUUCUUCUUGCUGUAUAUCAAGGCAAUUAGUACCAUCAUAUUCAAGUCUUUAGAAAAUAAGAAUAUAUAUAUAUGAAAAA